AUGUCCGUCAUUCUUUUAGUUUUCGCCUAUCAGGCCCUUUCCUUAUCUCUCUAUCUCUCUCUCUCUCUCACUCUAUCUAUCUAUACGAAUCUUUUUCUAUCUUUAUAUCUCAAUAUAUUCAUAUCUAUUUCAGUCUGUUCGUAUCUAUCUCAGUAUAUAUGUAUCACUCAAUCGGUCAACCAAUCUAUCUAUCUAUCUAUCUAUCUAUCUAUCUAUCUAUCUAAUUCUCUUUCUCAACCUUUUCUCAAUAUGUUCCUAUUUUUCUAUCUCAGUGUAGGCCUAUCUAUUUCAAUAUGUUCCUAUCUAUCUCAAUAUAUUCCUAUCAAUCAACCACCCUAUCUAUCUAUCUAUCUAUCUAUCUAUCUAUCUAUCUAUAUAUAUAUAUAUAUAUAUAUAUAUAUAUAUAUAUAUAUUCUUUCUCUUUUCUCACCCUUUCAUCACCCUUUUCAUAUCUAUCUAUCUAUCUAUUCUAUCUAUCUAUCUAUCUCAACCUGUUCCUAUUUUUCUCUAUCUCAAUAUAUUCCUAUCUAUCUAUCUAUCUAUCUAACUAUCUAUCUAUCUAUCUAUCUCCCAUUCCAUAAGCACUUUUUAUUGUUAUUUACUAAAGUUGGCAUAACUUUUGAAAAAAUACCACAACUAUUAAGACUGGAAAACUAA